CUCCACCCAUCACAGCAGAUACACGCCAUGGCAUUCCAGGUUGUGCUCUUGUGCGCGUUGCUGGGCGCAGCCAGCGCCGGCUACCUGGGCGCGCCCGCCGUCUCCUACUCGGCUGCGCCAGCGCUGCGGGGCUACGGCGCACCAGGACUCGCAGGUCUGCCCGGGUACGCGGGCGCCCUGACGCCGGCCGCGGCCGCAGCGCUGUCGCCCGCCGCCAGAGCUGCCGCAGCCGCCGCCGCAGCCAGACUGGCCGCCGCCGGCCUCCCCGCCGCGGCCGCCGCUGGUCUGCCCGCCGCCGCCUACGCCCCCGGCUACGCGGGUGCGCUGGCGCCCGCCGCGGCCGCUGCGCUGUCUCCUGCCGCCAGAGCCGCCGCCGCUGCCGCCGCCGCCAGACUGGCCGCCGCCGGCCUCCCGGCCGCCGCCGCCGGCUUGCCCGCCGCCGCCGCCUACGCCCCCGGCUACGCCGGCCUGGCCGCCGCCCGCUACGCCGGCCUGGGCCGCCUGGGUCUGCCCGCUGCCGAAGCCGUCGACGCCUACUACGACCCCAACCCGCAGUACAGCUUCAGCUACAGCGUCAGCGACGCCCUGACCGGCGACGCCAAGCAGCAGCAGGAGAGCCGCAGCGGCGACGUGGUGGAGGGCAGCUACAGCCUGGUCGAGCCCGACGGCAGUGUCCGCACCGUGCAGUACACUGCCGCCCCCGGCGCCGGAUUCAACGCCGUCGUCACUAAGGACGGAGUCCCCACCGGUCCUGCACCUCUCGGAGCUGCCGUCGCUCCCAAUGCCGUAGCCGCCCUCGCAGGACGCGUGGUGCCGGGCGCUCUGUCGCGCUACGCCCCCGGCGUCGUGGCGCCCGGAGCGCUGGCCCCCGCCGUCGCCGCCGGCCUCGCCGCCCCCGGCUACGUCGCCCCCGGCUACGUCGCCCCCGGCGUCGCCGCACCCGCGCCAGUGUACGGCGCGCCUCUCAAGACGGCGCACUCCUCGCUGCUGACGCCGCACUCCAAGGUCCACUACUGAACACUUCGCCGACACCGUCUCGCCUCUGGACUGCACCGCACACCUUGUAAAUAACUUAUAUUAACUGCUAUGUACAAGCGUUAUCUGCUAGACAAGGGCACAUCGAAAUAAAGACGUCUUAUUUCGGUUA